ACACUUCAUAUCGUGUUUGUGUUCGUGCGAUAAAGCAUCGUCUGAGGAAGUUGUGUUCUAAAAUAUACAUUUUCCUUUAUAAAUAAGAACUAUUAAAAUCUAUAGUUAAAUUGAUUAAUUUGCUAACGCCAUGGCGUCUCACUUAAGUACAAAAGAUCGUCUGUUAUCACUUGUAGAUGACAUAGAAUUAAUUGCAAAAGAAGUUAUUGAGGUGUCUAUAGCACCCAAACCUCAGAAGUUAUCAGCGGCCGACUUUGCACAAUUAACAGAUUUGCUUUUGUCCAAAGAUGUAGAGCUUAAAAAGACUCUAGAAUUAGCUGAGGAACAGGCUAAAAUUCAGCAAAAGAUGAAUGAGCUAAAAACUGAAGUUGAUAAUAAGGAUCAAGAUAUUCAUCUUCUACAAAGGCAACUAAAAGAUGCUGAACAAAUUCUAGCUACAUCUUUGUACCAGGCGAGACAGAAGUUAGCUUCAAUUGUCAAAUCAAGAAAAAGGCCGGUUCCUUCGGAAGAGUUGAUCAAGUUUGCCCACAGAAUCAGUGCAUCAAAUGCAGUGAGUGCUCCUCUGUCGUGGCAGCCUGGUGACCCUCGCCGUCCUUACCCCACCGAUCUCGAAAUGAGACUGGGCAUGCUUGGCCGCCUCUGUGAUCUCCCUCUCAACGGCCACACACCAUCCACAUUAAAUGAGCUUCAUCGAAUCACUACAGGAGGAGUUCCAGCAUCAGCCACGAACCAGUUCACGUGGCACCCCACCGGCGAGCUGCACAUGUCGGUGGGGGGCGGCAACUCGGUCGCGAUCGACGGCCGCGGCAAGGACCACGCGCAGGAGGACGUCGAAGUCAUGUCCACCGACUCCAGCUCGAGUUCCAGUAGCGACUCCCAAUGAAGAGUGACGACAUUGGGGCUGAAGAAGGAACGCUAGUAAAAGAUAAAGUGCAAAGACUGUGCGUGUAUUCAUAGCCCCCAAAAAGACCACUGUUAUCGCUCGAAAGAGAGUUCGCUAUGAUUACUAAAACAGCAAAGGAUAAGCCCCAAUAGAAGAAUUUCAAGAUCACAUUGUAUAGUACAAUUGCAAAUGUCAGAUUUGCAAAAUUAUCCCAAGAUAAAAAGUUGUGUUACAGCCUUCUGUGAAACUUAUUCCGACUGUGAUUUUAAAUAUGAAAUCAUUGGGGCUAUACAACCAAGGGACUAGCAAAAGAAGAGCAAAGUUUAUGUUUGUGAGAGUACUCACAGCCCCAAAUUAUACAAGAAAAGAAAACUGUUAUGUACAGGUUAUGUUUGCUAUAGUGCAGUUUCUUGGAUUGUCUUGAAUGUAUAUAAUUUCAAUUAUUCAUAAAAAUCUGAAAUCAGCGGGCCCUGACACAUUGUGACUAAGUAUGCAACUGGGAAAGCAGAUAUAAAAGCCUUUAUAGAAUCAUAAUCGAUCCUGGGCAUCUUGUCCACAAAAUUAAAACGAAUGAAGGACAAUGUUGACGACAUUCAGUGAUUAACGACACACAUAAGAUUUGAAAGUCAAGCCAGCAUACGAAAUUCAACAGUCCUUAUAUUUCGGUGUACAUAAGUUUGAGAAAUGUUGUGAAUUGUGUCCAGACAGAAUGUCUUCUGCUUAUAGUAUAUAUUUUUAGUAUUAUAAAGCUACGAAUUUGACGCGCAACAUAUCACUCAUCUCACGCAUUACCAUUUACUCGAGUGAAAUAGCACAUAGUCGAUCUCAUUCAUGUAAAUUGUAAUGAAAAGGAAAGAAAGAUAUGUUACUCGUCAAAUGUUCCCUAGUGUAUUUGUGGCUUAAGUAAUACAUAGAUAUUUUGUAUAUAAAGUUGUAGGAUCUGAUAUCUUGUUAUUUUUUAAAUAUAUGUAUUGGUAGAAGUUUAAGAAAAUAAAAUUAGGUGAACCUA